CUCGAUUUUGUCCAAUUGAGCACGGCCUGUGUAGAAGGUGAUUUACCUACUGUCGAAUCCGUUGUUACCUCUCAAACUCGCACCCCAGCAUUCCUUCAUGAAGGUCUUGUCAAUGCCUUGGGUAGCGGCAACGUUGAUGUCGCGCGCUAUCUACUCGACUCUGGAGCGCCAAUCACAAAAAGAACUCCAACAUGGGCUUUGGAAGCUCCAAAAGACCAGCAAAUGCCCUUAUUCGAACUGUUUCUACAGCACGGGUGGGCUGUCAAUACGCCUGGCUUCUACGGGUCUGUCCUGCUCCCGUCCGUUAUCCGCGCUGGCAAUGAUGCUCUCCUUGACUGGUUUCUCGAGAACAGCGUAGAUCCGAAUCUUGACAAACAUGAAAAUCGCGACCGUUAUGGCGGACCAGAAACAAGCUCCUGCGAGGCGCUCGAGACUGCAGCGGUAAUGGGUACUGUCGAAACGGUGCAGAUGCUCCUCAACGCUGGGGCUAAGAUUGCAAACGGAGCACCGUUGUAUAAGCAAGCAAGACCCCACGGCCCGGGA